ACAAAUAUAGAAAAAAAUUACAAUCAAUACAACUUGAAAUAGCUAAAACCAAAAAUCCACUAAUUAAUGAUAAGGAUAUUUCACUACUUGUACUUUAUGAAACAAUAAAAAAACUACAAAAAGAUCUUGCAAAAAAUAAGAAGAGAGAUGUUAGAAAUUGUAAUAAAACACUUGAAAAGUUGCUUCUUAAUGAUAACAAUUUAUUAGAAAUUCAGGAGUUAGUUAAAUUGUUGAGUCCAUUUGCACAUGUUACAACUAUA